CCUCUGUCUGGAAGAUUUUUUUCUCUAGGAUUCUCUCCUCUUGUGUCGCACCUUCCACUCCUCCCCUUCCCCCUUCCCCCCCUUCAUCCUCUGGCAGUUAUCCCUCCUCAGCUCCUGCUUCAGGCGGCUCCUCCGGGCAUGCUCCUUAAGCCAAAGUAUGACCGCUUUCGCAACGAGUCUGUGACCUCCUCCGACGACCUGAUGCAGAGCUUAGCCAUGAGCAGCAAAGUUGUGGCCACACCAGUAGUCGCCUCCUCCACCCCAAGCCUUCCUUUGCCUCCCCUGCCUACUCUGGAUCCCAGUACCAGGACCUCCUCCUCUGCCAGGGCUACAGCCCUGGCUGACUCCCCUUGCAUGGACGGGGAGCAGGAUGGCACCACAACCUUCUGCAUGCUCAUCCCUAAGAUGCCCCAGUGGAAGUUCUCCAAUUCCCUGCUCAGCCGGAGCCCAUCCAACUCCAGCUCUAGCUCCAGCUCUAGCAAGGACUCUGGCAAGGCAGCAGCAGCUCCUUCUCAGGCCUCUGUUUCCCCUUCUUCAACAUCGCACAGACCCAGCGGUGCAACUUCAGCCAGUGGCCCAGUGGCAAGUCUUGCAGCAGUUCUUAACUCCUGUGACCCUGUGUGUGUCACCCCCUGUUCUCUACAGGCCUUCCGGGGUCAGAGAGCAGUUGCAGCAGCAAACUCUGCCAGUGCAGUGGGGCAUGGAUUUGGGGCUUCAGAGGCUAUGGCAAGCCCAAGUCUUUCCAGCAGCUCCAGGUCAGGAUUGAAUCGCAGGACAAGGGUAGAAGGCAUGUGGCUGGGGGGAGAAGAUUUCAACCAAAAGGGCAGCUUCAUUCACAAACCCUCUCAGGGCUGGCUGCACCCUGACAAGAAGAUUGCAGGACCAGGAGCCUCUUAUAUUGUCAGGUACAUGGGCUGCAUUGAGGUGUUGAAGUCAAUGCGCUCCUUGGACUUCAACACAAGGACUCAGGUGACAAGGGAAGCCAUCAAUAGACUCUGCGAAGCUGUGCCUGGAGGAAAGGGGCCUUGGAGGAAGAAGGCCCCGAAUAAAGCUCUCCAGUCUAUUAUGGGGAAGAGUAACCUACGGUUUGCAGGCAUGAGCAUCGCAGUCAAUAUUUCCAUAGAUGGCCUUGGCUUGCUCAUUCCGACCACACGACAGGUGAUAGCUCAUCAUCCUAUGCAGUCCAUCUCAUUUGCCUCUGGGGGAGACACAGAUACACCUGAUUAUGUAGCGUAUGUGGCCAAAGACCCAGUGAAUCAGAGAGCAUGUCAUAUCCUGGAGUGCUCUGAUGGUUUAGCCCAGAGUGUCAUCAGCACCAUCGGCCAGGCUUUUGAGCUGCAGUUCAAACAGUAUCUGCACAGCCCUCCCAAAACCAUGGCAUCUGUAGAAAGAUCUGUCAGGCCAGAGGAGCCAGUGUUGGGAGAAGAUGAGGACUUCUCGGAGCAUGAUUACUACAAUAGUAUCCCAGGGAAAGAGCCUCCACUUGGGGGCGUAGUGGAUUCCAGACUCAGGUCCAGUGGCGCUCUGCUGGGCCACAUCCACACCCAGCCACAGAGCAAGACGGCAGCACAGACGGGCUCUGCAGUACGGAGGGAGCAAACAUCUUAUCCGCCUGGUCAACUGUGUUAUGAGCUUCACUGGGACACUGAGACCAGCAGCUCAGGCCUUACAUCAGAUGGUUACCUGUGUGCUGACGGUCAACCACCUGGUAGCAGAGACUAUGAGGAGCAUCAGUAUGUUAACACCCAGAGCCUGGAAAACCUAGAUUCACUGGCACAUGGACUCUGUGGGCACAGAGGAAGCAGGGUACCAGACAGUCCUAAGAAAGAUCUCUUCGAUAUGAGGCCCUUUGAGGAUGCCCUGAAACUCCACGAGGCCAGUGGUGGGGCCCUUGGCUCCGGUGUGUCCGCUACAGGUGGAGGUGCUGGUGGAGGAGUUAGGAUCCUGGAGGACCAGUGGCCGAGCCCUCCACGCCGCCGAGCCCCCGUUGCCCCUAAUGAGGAUCAGCUCCGCAGGGAGACCUGGUAUCACAGCCGCAUGAGCCGCCGAGAUGCAGAGAAACUCCUGGUGCGAGACGGAGACUUCCUUGUGCGGGAAAGUACGACUAACCCGGGACAGUACGUGCUAACAGGCAUGCACUGCGGUUUGCCCAAACACUUGCUGCUAGUAGACCCUGAGGGAGUGGUCCGAACCAAAGACAUGUUAUUUGAGAGCAUAAGUCACCUUAUCUCAUAUCAUCUAAAGAACGAGGUGCCUAUUGUAGCUGCAGAGAGUGAGCUUCACCUUAAACAGGUGGUCAGAAGGAAACUGUGACCCACCGACCCCCUUAAUUGGACGCACUGAAUCUUUGUGUGGCCAUGCAGAACAAUCACAGAAAAUAAACUGUAACUGGGAAUUAUUCAUCCCCGAUGGAUAUUUAGCUGGAACAAAAGGAUUUCACUGACACUGUCUUACAAUGAACACCUCUACCAAGGAGAAAAAGACAUCUGACAUGUCCUUGUACUUUCUCGGCCUGUCAGAUCAACCAAACUAUCUCUCAUCGGUCAUAAACUCCUCAGCAUGCAGCAAUUAAGCUAUGAAAUCUGUCGAAGUUUGUCUUACUGCUGAGCUGGAUGAUUGUCAACCAGUGUGACUGCUCAGAGAGGACCCAGCUUCAAAAGACAAAACUAAAAACCCUAAGGAGUGAAUGCAGAGUGAAGAAAAGUUCUGCAAUGUUCUGUCAUAGUUAUGUGCUUCCUGUACACCAUAGCUUGCCCCAACUCGUCUCAUAAGGAUCCAAUCUCCAAACGAACACUGUUACUGAAUAUUUGGUGCGGAUAUAAAAUAACAAAGGUGGCCAGCUUCCAAAUUCAGUUGUUAAUUUCAUUGUGAAUGCAAGAGUUUAAAAAAUAAUGGCGUUAUACUCUAAGAUACGGUACAUUUUAAGAAACAGUGGUUUUUUGUAUUGAUCACAGGUCUGCAGUACCUGACUCUGAGGUGGCACAAUAGAAAUACACCAAACGUCAUCCACUGCUGGAUAUGAAUGGUCUUCUUUGUUUCUACACAAUACAGUAUAUCCCAUUUACAGAAAACAUGCAGUCAUACUAUAUCUCCAUCUGGGCCACCAUGUAAGCCGAGUGGACAUAAGGUUUUCUUGAAAGCAGGGGGUUUUCACAUUAUCUACCAUGAAUAUCAGUUGUUUGUGUUGUGUAUUCAAGGGCUGUUGAUAUUUUGCUGAAGACAUAUUGUAUGUGUUGUAUUGCCCUGUGACAAAUAUUGGUCAGACUGUACUCUAGAUGGGUCAGAUGAAUACUACAGUACAUCCUGGGCUGGAAACACACCACUCAGUAUAUCCAUGCCUGUAUUUCCUCAGCCCCCUCCAACUUUAGUGCCUUAACGACGACAGUGACAGGCAUUUGUGUCAGAGUGUGUGUAUAUAAUGUGCAUUUACUGUGUGCUACUAAUGCAAAAGACUAGUUUUCUUGCCAUGCCAAUGAAUGACUGAACAAACUUCAGGACGAUUAAGCUCUUAUACUUGUGUGAACAUUAAUCUAUGCUGCUCUUGUUUUGGGGGUAACUAAUGUUUAAUACUGCCAUGACGUGCUCAUGAUUGUCUUCAAUGUGUCCCUCAGAAUGUUACACCGGGUGGAACCUUUGCUUUUCUUUGAAGCAAGCCAUAGAUAGCUCUCAAUAGAUGGUUACUGACAUUGAAGACAAGGGAUUUGGACUUGUGGUUAAAUUCACUGUUUGUCAGACUAAAGUUAUAUCCGUUUAUUAAUUGUCCUUGUCCUUCCCGUCUGUCAGUGACUUGCUGGUCUUAUUUCUGUUCUGUGGCGACGCUGAGAGCGAUUCCCAAUGUAAUACUUUUACAUCUCACAUAGUUACAGCCUCAUGAAUGCACAGAGACUAGGUGAGCUGCAAUGGUUUUGUUAAUGUCCAAAUAAUCAAUGUAUGUUUACCAGGUGUCCUCUUUUGUGUUCUCAGGAAUUUCUUUUUCUUCCUCUUUGAUUACGUUUAUUAGCCUUUUUCCAAUAAACUUAAUUUAAGACUCGAUGAUAGAUUAAAGAAA